UAUUAUUUCGAUUAUCAUUGAAAAAUAAUAUUGUCCACCCCCUCUAGAUCUAGUGUGACCAACCCUAUAGCCCUGCUGAAUAUAUUACGUAGGACUUGCUAGAAAAAAUCAUAAAAAUACACACAUACCACCUAAUUUAUUGCUCUGCCAUUUUCAAUUAAGUAAAUUAUAAUUUCUUGAUUCAUCAUCAAAUGACGUCAGAAGCUGAGAGCUAUCGUCAUCUUCAUUUCCUUCUCAUCCCUCUAAUGUCACAGAGCCACAUCAUCCCGUUAACAGACUUCGGCAAACUACUCGCCCACCGCGGCCCACUCGUCUCCAUUAUCACCACCCCCCAGAACGCCGUCAGAUACAAACCAACCGUCGACGCCGCCGCCGCCGCCGGCCUGAGAAUCCAGAUGAUACCACUCCAGUUCCCCGGCCAAGAAGCCGGCCUCCCCCACGGCUGCGAAAACAUGGACUCGUUAACCUCAAUGGGCUUAGCCACCGAAUUCUUCGCCGCAUCGGAAAUGCUCAAAACCCCACUCCAGAAAGCAAUGGCCGAACUUGAUCCGAAACCGGCCUGCAUUAUCUCCACCAACGCACUCCCCUGGACGCAGCAAAUCGCCGACGAGUUCGAUAUUCCGAGGUAUGUUUUCGAGACCAUAUCGUGUUUCACUCUCUUAUGUUCCCACAACAUCCUGUCCGUCGAAAACCCGAAUUCCAUGUCGGAUGAAGAAACCUUUUUAGUACCUGACAUACCUCACGUGAUCGAGUUCACGAAAUCCCAGUUGCCGGAGACCACCGCAAACUCCGCCAAAAAAUCGCCGGAGAACAACGACCAUACUACAAGCGUAAUAAACCAGAUAAUAAAAGCUCAACUUUCCGCCAGGGGUACUUUGGUCAACACUUUUGACGAACUCGAGCCCGAAUACGUAAACGGAUACAGAAAACAAAGACAAAACCUUUGGUGCAUUGGUCCAGUUUCACUAUCCAACAAAAACCUAACCGAGAAAUCGAACAGAGGCAACAAACCCUCAAUAAACGAGCAGCACUGCUUAGCAUGGCUAGAUUCCAUGGAGCCCAAAUCGGUAAUUUACGCGUGUUUCGGGAGCCUUUGUCGUAUAUCAGCCAAUCAGAUCAAAGAAAUUGGGUUGGGAUUGGAAGCUUCGAAUUCCCCAUUCAUUUGGAUAAUCAGGGGCCUGGAUUCAUCAGCUGAAGUAGAGAAAUGGCUCGAGGUAGAAAAUUUCGAAAAGCGAGUCGAAAAACGAGGGCUAGUAAUUCGGGGGUGGGCCCCACAGGUGAUGAUACUGUCGCACCGCUCCGUCGGGGGAUUCUUGACGCACUGCGGGUGGAACUCUACGCUGGAGGGGGUGUGUGCAGGUUUGCCGAUGAUUACGUGGCCUAUGUUUGCCGAGCAGUUUUACAACGAGAAGUUUAUCGUGCACGUGCUGAAAAUAGGUGUGAGGGUGGGAGUUGAGGGUGGUUGUAGUAAGGGUUUGUUGGUGACGUGGCAAAGAGUUAAGGAAUCUGUGGAGGAGUUGAUGAAUAUUGAAGAUGGUGAGGGUAGAGAGAGAAGGAGGAGAGCUGAAAAAUUGAGAGAGAUGGCGAAAGAAGCUUUGGAAAAUGGUGGGUCGUCUUAUUUGAAUAUUGGUUUCUUGAUUGAAGAUGUUGUGCAGCAAGUUUGUAAGAAAUUAAAUUGUUGAUCAUUCUGUACUAGGUUUCAAAUUGUCAAUUAAUUUGAAUUUUAAAGUUGAAGUAGUUUUAUGUUGAUAAAUAAAUUGGAGAUUUGGAACAAUAUUUUCCAAUUCGGUCAAUUUCCCAAUUCGAAUAUUUUCGAUUAUGAAAUUAUAUUUUUCAUUUCGAAUUC